AUGGCCGACGCCAAGGAGAUCAGCCUGUCGGUGGAGGAGACGAACAGACUGCGGCUAAAGCUGGGACUGAAGCCGUUGCGCGUCGACACGGAACCUAAGGCGAAGCCCUCUCAGGAUGGCGACUCUGAGGCGGGCGGGGCUUCGUCCUCCGAUCCCCACGCGCAUCUCACAGCGGCCGAGCUAGAGGAGCGAAGGCGGCAGGCGGCGCGGCAGCUCGCCGAGCGGACUGAAGAGCGAAAGAGGAAAGCAGUUCACGCGGCGAUGACUGGUGGUCCCACCCUCGGAGAAGACGACGAUGAUUUAGACGAUCCUGCAGCCUGGGUCGCGCGGAUGAGGAAAAACGAUAAAGAGAAACGCGUUCUGGCGUCUCAAGCUCGAGUUGACGCGGCGCACUACGACGACAGCGACGACGAAUCGGGGUCGGGAGUGUCUGGGCGGCGAGGGCAGGAGUCUCCGUUACAUCCGGCGAAACGCCAUCGUGGAGCGGCGUUGGCCGCCACGGACGGCGAGCAGGCGGGCGGCGAUGUGAAGGUCGUGCACGACUUGAAGGAUUUCGCGGAGGGGGAGACGGUCGUCUUGACGCUGAAGGACUCUCAGAUCUUGACGGCCGACGGAGCGCUCAACGAGGAGAUGGACACGCUCGAGAACGUUGCGCUGGCGGAGAAGAAGAAGCUGCAGAAGCUGCUGCGGGAGAAGGAGAAGAAGACUGUGUACGACCCAACAGAAGACUGGGAAGAAGGCGAAGACGGCCAGCCGAAGAAGAAGGAGAUUCUGGAGCACUACGACGCGUGGGAGAGAGAGGAGCUCGCCGCCCAGGGAAAGGGGCCUCCGCCCGACGACGACCGGGGCUUUGUGCUGCCGAGUCUGCAGGGUCGAGAACUCGACGAGCCCGUGGAAGUCCAGAUUGAACUGCUGCGCGAGAGACAGAGGCUCGUGGAGCGCGAGAAGCAGAAGGUCAUGGGUCUCACGUCGCUCGCCGCGUACCACAGCGACGGGAUCGCGCUGACUGGGGCGAACCUCAGUCGGCAAAAGUACGACGCUUCGGGACCGUCUUCAGUCGUCCUCGGCGGCGAGCGCGAGGCGGCCGCGCGCGCAGACGGAGGCGCCGGCGAGGCGGUUGCGUUCCGCAAGCUGAAGAAGAAGAAGAAGAUCCAAAAGAAGAAGCAGGGGGCCGAGUUCUGGAAAGAGCUCCUCGGAGGAAAACCUCAAGAGGAAGAGGACGAAGAGAAGGAGGCGCAGGACGACGAGAUCAAACCUGCCGCAGGCGGCAAACCGCGAAAGGCCGAUCGACACCACGGGUCGCGCGGGGAGAGACGCGAAAGAGACAGCAAGAAAGCAGACUCGCAGAAACAACACGUCCGCGAGGCGCUGGAAGCUGCGGAAACAGCCACCAAACAUGUCAGUCCCCAGCCGACUUCUUCCUCGUCUCGGAGAGAACGCGAAGGGAAAGACGAAGGGAGCGACAGGCGAAGCCGAGGGAAAGAAGGCUCUUCGCGUGUGGAGAAAGCAGAGAGAGAAGGCAUGGAAGAAGACGUGGAAGACAGCGAGGUGGACGACCUCGCGGCGGCAGACAGGGAGCUUCAGGAAAGCCUGGAAAAGCAGAGACGCCUCGCCUGUCUGAAGCUGCGUGAACAGGAGACAGAGGACGCGCAGGCGAAAACCCCGCAAGUACGGCUUCUCAGCCUUCUUCGCAGCCAGGCAAAAGGCAGGGUCGUCGAAGCGGACCAGCUGCCGGUCGACGGGUCGUCCUCGCCGUCGAAAGGAAAAGAUGCGUGGGCUGCGGCGCCUCGCGACCGCCGAGCCGGCUUCUCGGCGACGUCGGAGGCCCCAGCUGAAGACGAGGAAGACGAGACGCAAGGCCUGCAGCUGAGCACGACGACGGAAUUCUGCCGCGCCAUCCAGACGCCUCUGGAGAAGCUUCAAAGCAUGAAGCAGGAACCCUACGGCAGUUCCCGACAACGCCAAGAGAAGCCCGCGCAUGCACAGCAGCCAAGGGGAGAGAAGCGGUCCAAGUCGAAUGAGACGGCGAAGGAAGAAGGAGAAGACAGCGACACGGGCGAUCGGAGCGAAGAGCGUCGGAACAAGGAGAAGGACGAGGACUCGUCGGAAGAGGAGGAAGACCUAGAGUUCUCGCUUGACCCUCUCGGGUCCUCUCUUGCUCCUGUUUCGCUCCCUUUCCCCUAUUCAGUCCUUUUGCUUUUGGUGCCGUCGGGUGUCUCUUUCAAGACUGGCUUCAUGAACGAAAAUCCCAUGGGCCACGGCCUGGCCGAAGCACUGAAAUAUCUUCAGAGCAAAAACCACUACUCGCUGGACAAAAUGCGGCAACGGCGCCACCGCCCAGACGAGCUUCCACUCCACAAGCCCCUGGGGGAGAAGGACAUUAAGAUUGACCAUCGCGACCGAUAUGGGAAUGUCAUGACGCCGAAAGACGCCUUCCGUGAGAUCUCCUGGCGCUUCCACGGAAAAUACCCCAGUCUGAGGAAGCAGGAGAAGAAGAUGAAAAAGAUGGACAUCGAGCGGAAGCUACUGCAGAAUCCGAUGGAGGCGCUGCCUACUUUAAAUGCGCUCCAAAGACUGCAGGAGAAGGAGAAGGCUUCUCACCUGGUUCUCACUGGCGGAUCGAUGGACUAG